UAUCUGUCGCGCAGGCCUUUCAGGUUACGCUCUUCGCACACGACGCGUCGCAUAGUCCUUGGCGCGCAAGCACCAUCGACUACCAGCCGCCCCACAACCGCUUACCGAAACGAUGGCUGUUUUCACGAAGCUCUGCUUACCCGAUAUUGUCAAAUUAAAACGCUAGUUAGUAAACGCUGUCGUGUCCAUCCUCGCGUUUGUCGGUGGUCAUUGAAUAGAAUUUACUAAUUUUAACGUUUUUUAAGUACAAUAUCUUCGUUCUUUGUUUUUGGUUUUUUCCCCACCUACACUCUUUUCCGUUUUCACUCGGCCUCGGUCACUCUAGUCCGAAGCGUUCCACUCAAUUGUUGCCCAAUCUGUUGGUUUCUAAUCACAAAAUCAUUCAAAUCCUUGUUCUGUUUCUGUACCCAUAAAAAAAGAACACAAUCUGGUUCAUUGUGAUACUGUGUGAUACUAGGAAUCGAUUUGUUUGAGCUUCCUUACUUAAUUUCCUGUUUUGGGAAAAACAUACAAAACUUAAAUUGCCCUAACUCCACCGAACACUGUUUUGUUUGACAAACCAACCGUCUCCUCGAUUCCGACACUUAACUACUCCCCUCUGGUAGAUUAUCUCAAGUACAUCAACUAGUAUUAGGCACUACCAUACAUACUUAAUAAUUUUAGUACUAAAGUUGAGCGAACACCACACACCGACAGCUUGGUAAACGUGUGUCUGUGUGUCCGCGUUUGUGGUGUAAUCGUUGAGAUUGUUACCCGUCAGCAGCCACGGUUGACACGUGGUUAGUUUACGCAUUUUGUUCGAGUCCCUGGUAGAGCCUUCCUUCUGAGGGUCCUGCGUGUCGGCGUAUGUUCGCGUAGCUGGAGAGCAAACUGAAGGUUUCGUUUCGUUUUUGGGUAUUGCUUUGGCGAAUGCAAACACCGAGAGCUAAUAUUACGUUGCAGUGCACCUGCAAACCCGCGCAGCAGCAGCAUCCUUGAAGCAGGCAUUCAAGUUCAAGUUUGGCUUACUCUAGUUCGUUUGGCUCGUAUAUUUGAAGAAAGGGGAAAGUUUUCUUUUUCUGUUCCAAACGAAAGCACACAUUCACAUCUCAAAGCGUGCCCCUUGCGUUGUUUCGGUUGACCCAAAGGACGAGUAUUUAUUGAAGGACAAUUUCUGUUUGUCUCUUAAAGCAUUAGUUUAGCAUCUUAAGUAGCACUACUUCCUGUGUGUCUCUCUCUCGCUCUGUAUCUCUUUCUCUCGCUCUGGUGAGUCGCCCAGCCUAGCCAACAAACACUCCCUGUUCCUCUCCUGCCUUCACUUUCUCACUUUACCGCGUUCGUACGCGGUGAUCUGCUUGGCCGGAUCCCAGUCGAUCUUCCAAUAAUUCGCGACGUCCAAGACUAGAACAUCUGUUCUCUGCUGAGAUAGCAAAAACAACCAAAAUGGAUCCAUUUGCACCGGACAUCCUGUGGAUCGUGAUCCUCGGAUUUGUGAUCGCGUUCGUGCUCGCAUUCGGAAUCGGAGCGAACGAUGUCGCCAACUCGUUUGGUACCAGCGUCGGGUCCGGUGUGCUCACCUUACACAAAGCUUGCUGGCUGGCAACGGUAUGCGAAGUGUCCGGCGCGGUGCUAAUAGGCUACAAGGUGUCCGAUACGAUGCGAAAAGGUAUCCUGGAAGUCGAAAUGUACAAAGGCAGCGAGGUAGAGCUGAUGCUCGGUUGCCUGUCGGCGCUCGGUAGCUCGGCCCUGUGGCUGCUGGUGGCCACAUUCCUAAAGAUGCCCAUCUCCGGUACGCACAGCAUCGUCGGCUCCACGAUCGGUUUCAGCCUGGUUGCGCGCGGCACACAAGGCCUCAAAUGGAACACGCUGCUCACGAUCAUCGGCUCCUGGUUCAUUUCGCCCGUACUCAGUGGCCUGGUCAGUGUGCUGCUCUUUUGGGCCAUCCGCAAGUUUAUCCUCCACGCGAAGAACCCGCUUCGGGCCGGUCUCCUCUCAUUGCCCCUGUUCUACGGUGCGACCCUGGCUGUGAAUGUUUUUAGUAUCGUGCACGACGGACCGAAACUGCUGAAUAUGGAUGGCAUCCCGGUGUGGGUAGCGCUUACCGUGAGCCUAACGGUCGGAACUGUCGUGGCAGUGCUUGUCCAGAUGUUUAUAGUGCCCUGGCAAAGGCGCAAGAUUCUCAAUGGUGGCGCCGGGACACAGAGGACAGAGUUUACCCUGGGUGACUCUGACGGCGAUUCCUCAUCGAACGGCAGCCCUCGUCGGCCGAAGCGUCCGUUGUCGCUGGUAACGGGUGACAGCAAACCGCUGCCGGCGAUCACCGAAACCACGGAACUGGUUUCGCUGUCCUCACAGCAGCUGGGCGGAACCCAGAAUGGGCUGAUGAAGAAGCUAUCCAGCGAUCUGUCACCCACCGUUGGCGCUGGCGGACCGUACCGCUUCAAUCCAGAUUUUGUGAAGAGAGCUAACAGCCUACUGAGCGCCCAAGACAAAACAAGUCUAGACAACACGGAUCUUACGGUGACCAGCUUGAACUUUAUCGACGAGUAUCAAUCGUUCAACGGGAACGGGCGCUUCCACCUUAGCACGUACUUUGACCACCGCAACAGCACGACAGUAUCACCGAAAUCGCCAGACUCGGGCCAGCUGAGCAACGGAGCGCUAAAAGAGCAAUCGCAGCCGGCUAUGAUUGCACUUCAGAACGGAAAAACGACGGCCAGUCCGAAGAGCGACGGCGCGCUUCCGCUCACCGACUACACGCUAGUGCCCCAGAGUAUGCUAAUGAGCGGUACCGGGAACGACAUCAAGAAGGAUCUGUGCAAGAUUGAAGCUGCCGCUGGUCUCGAGCACCCGCUGAUCAGUGCGACGCUGUCACCCAAUUCGAGUAAAGUGCCACUGAUCGGGGGGAAGGAAGGCUCGGAAGAAGACAACCGGAUGCGCAAGGUGACCGAGGAAGAGCCGGAAGAUGUGUCGGCACUGUUUUCUUUUCUGCAAGUACUUACGGCAACCUUCGGUAGCUUUGCUCACGGUGGAAACGAUGUUAGCAAUGCCAUUGGACCCCUGAUAGCACUGUUCAUGAUCUACCGCGAGGGUUCGGUGCUGCAGAAGUCCGAAACGCCGUUGUUGAUUCUGUUGUACGGCGGAGUGGGUAUUUCCGUCGGUCUUUGGCUGUGGGGCCGCCGCGUGAUCGAAACGAUCGGCAAUGAUCUCACCAAAAUCACUCCCUCAACUGGUUUUACCAUCGAAAUUGGUGCCGCCCUGACCGUGCUCAUUGCGUCCAAGAUCGGUCUACCCAUCUCGACCACCCAUUGCAAGGUCGGUUCGGUCGUGUUCGUGGGCCAGGCAAACGCUCGGCCGACGACAAAAACUACACCGCAUCAUGCAGUCACCGCACAGCAAAAGGCCGUCGACUGGGGUUUGUUCCGUAACAUCGUGUACGCCUGGGUAGUUACUGUACCGGUGGCCGCACUGCUCAGUGCUGGCUUUAUGAUGGCUCUUCGAGCGAUGGUAUUACCGUAAACCAUGGCGCCGAUUCUUAACAACAUCCCACUAAACGGACACCAAACUAGUGAUAGAAUUCGACAGAACAGUCUCAUAGACCGCUGACCGUAGAAGAGAACAGCAGGUCGCCGCAAUGGUCUCUCAGAUUGAUCGAAAGUACAAAAUAACCGGGCGGAAAACUUACAAAGAAAAAGUUCGUAUAAUCCAUGCUUGAUUGCACAAAGGAAUUAGUGAGUGCGUGAUAACUUUCAAUUCAGCCCUGGUUUUGGAAGGACCUUGCUUUCACCGUAGGACAUCGAUGCUGCGCCGUGUCUUAUAUCCAGAGUUUUAUGUAUCUUAAGAUCAGUUUGAAAAUGUUAGUUUUGUGAGUCGUUUGACCGAUCUUUCCCCAUCUCAAAAUCAUCGCUCUGUUCCAUUUAGUUGUACUUUAAUCAUUUUUUCUCACUAGGCUUAUGAGUGCUUCGGUAUAAAGACUGAAGAAAAACGGUCAAUAAUUAGCUGCGUACGAAAUACAACUGUCACAUCAAGCCGUACGAUAAACCUGUUGCUGGCCAAGCAGGUAUUAAUCCGUUGGAAAGAGCUGGUGAGAGAGCAACAGUUAGGCAACAGAAGCGUUUAGUAUUGCGAUGAAUCAGUGGGUACAUCUAAGAAGCGCAUGUUUCAUUGGCACGACCGAAAGGGUAAGGUUUGAAUAGUUGCAAAACCGGUCAAUCAUUCAUCUAACUGCAGAGUAGUAAGCACACGGACAAAAUGUAAUGAAAAAUUCAAAAUAUGAGAAAACUUAAAGCCGGAAAAGAUAGAAACAAAAUAGUCCAUUACAAAUACAAACAAUACUAUGGUAGACGGGAAGAAGCAACCGGCAAACAAACAACAGAAGCAUAUAACCGUACCAUCUAACGUAGUCGUCGUUAGUGUUACUUAGUGAGGUACAGUCCAGUAGCAUAUAAUGCAGAAAAACAAACAUGCAACUGUAGCGAGUAGAGAGAGAUUUCCGUAGCCGAAAUGUUUCCAUAAGAAAUACAUAAAACCUACAUACAGCAUAAGCAUCAACUACACACGCUAGCCAACCGCUUCUUAAAGCGUAACUGGGGGGCCACACGAAGCGUAAACCGUAAACCGUAAACAAAAUUUUAACGUCAAAUCGAUGUGCUUGUGUCAAAACGGUUGGGCCACAGCGCACCCCGUAAAAAAUAAAAAGGUAAAGCGUAAAACUGAGCGUUUGUUUACAAACAGAGGAUAAUGUACGUUCUUAUAUGUGAUGUUUUUUUAAGUUUAACUAUAAAUUAUUCAGAAAUCAACUUACCUCUUCGAUUUCUAUUUUCUCGGGCCAAAAACGCGAAUGUAAACACGUUCGACAUUUCGGUGACCACGUUUUUAUAUUUUAAGCCUGCCACACGCAGCAUAAACGAUUUGACAUAAUAAAUUAACUUUACGCUCUUGUUUACGGUUCGUCUGGCCCCCCAGUAAUACAGCGAGAAAAGGAACAAAAACAUGCAUCAAAAAGCGUCAACACGAAACAAAAAACGGAACACUUCUCAUUUAUAGCAAUCGUUAACCGUAAGCCAUUCUGCGGCAUAAUCAAAUAACAAACUUCUGCUCAGGCUACCGAAAAUGGUCUACUCCUGUCUAUCUGCCGACUGUUUUACCAUUCGCUGUCAGGUUUCUCUUCCCCAGAACCAUACACCCAACGCGCAACACUCUGUCAAUUGUCAACAAAUCGCCCAUCCUUUCAGGGUCCAAUCGGGACACUGGACGAGCGUCUGGUGUUAUUCGCUCACGAACACCGUGAUGCUCUGACUAGACUGGACUGGAAACUAGACUUUUAUAAACAUGUAGUCACUAUCACAUCGCUAGCGACCGCGCCAAUGCUGCCAAAUUGUUGCUUUUCUUUACUCUUGUACACUGACACACAUACCCAACAAACACAUACACACAUAUAUGAAAGUACAAUUGCCGGAAAGCCAAAUUGUGUGCUGAACAAUAACCUUUCCUCUUCCCGUCGUUGUUGGCGAGACGUAUUUUGGGGUCGCACCUGGAUCUCGAGGACAUCCUGACCAUAUCCGAUCCGAUAUCUUCCGUUCGCUAGUUCACCAUGCGAAUUCCAUAGAAUCCGUCCCGAUACGGAAGGGCGGAAGGGAAGGAAGAAACGAACAAAUCAAUGGAAUCGAUGCCGCAUUUUCAACCUCGCUUGAGCAAAAGCGCCCGGCAGAGACGAUUACGAUAAUAAGAUACAGAAUGACGUUCACAACCCAGAAGUGCAGUGUGGUAACAGAAAAUGUUGCACGAAACAGACACAUUUGAAACAAAUAUUAUCCCAUGUGAUUCUACCAAUCUCGCCGUAUAUAGUUAACGCGGCGUCACAGCCCACUGACCGGCGUGGCGCCGUGUAUCGAUGUGUAUUGUUACUGUGUGCAGUAGGGGAGACGCAGGUGGAUGACCGCAGCGAGGCAAACCACUUACCGCCACCAACCAUGCGACCGUUGUUAUGCAUAUUUAAUGUUAAAGUGAACAUCCAACGCAGUUCUGGUAGAGAGCUGCUAUGCAGUUUCGCCAACCGUUAGUUGAUGAAAAUCAUUGUCGUUUAGAAACCAAAAAAAAACAAAACGGAAAAGAAAAACAAUCGAACAGUAACAGUAAAGUCCACUAACCAAACGCAACAAGAAGUCAAACACGUAAUAAAAGUUCUGGAUGUUACACUACAGCGAUGAUCAUCUGUGGAACACGAGUUCCUUUGCCGAUUCUGCUGUGCGUGUCCGUUGUGUUCUGACCCUAUUGUUCUGUUGUCGUUUCGGGGAUCUUGAAAGAACGGUUAAAAUAAAACAACUAUAAGAAGAGCUUUGGCAGCGAGUGUUCAAACGGUAGAGUACUGGAGAGUGUGAUAUUCUUGGAUGCAUAUUUUUACUUUACUAUUCAAGAAUACUUUUGAUACACGUUUUCUGCAUUCUUUUUUUGCUACAACUUCGCCAAAAUGAUGAAAGUUGAUCAAAAUCGAUUGGACGAAUUGAGAGUAAAGAAUUACCUUUUAUAGAAGUCUUGCUUACUUGGCAAGGGCUGUCUCAUGUUCUUUACUAGCUACGUUAGGUGGAAUCUUUAUUCAACUUGUUUUUCGAAAAUUAGCACAAGGCACACUCGCGUAACGUAGCACUGCACCGCUUGAUCAGUGAUCGCUAGAGAAUCCACGUAGCAAAAGCAGACAAAAUCGGUAAAGCCAAAUAUUCCCCCCAAGUGUCCUAAUACUCCCCAAUUCUUUUAUGGCCAUUUUACAGAUGCACUUCACGAUAGUCUUCAAAACAAUUUGCUGUCGAAUGGUGAUAAUUUUGUUACUUUCAGUUUCAAUUUGUAACUUUUCAGUUCCCUCCCCCCCGUGACGGGAGUGCGGAAACAAAAAGCUUCUAUAAAACGAAGCCUCCCGAAGGAUGCGUAGGACUAGUCCGAAUGUGAAUGUGCUAAAUACGAUAAGAACGUUACUGUUGACGUGAAUUCAACGUGAAACCAAACCCAAAAGAAAAUAGUAGGAAAUCUAUCGUGUUGCUAAGUCUAAAACGAACCCCAUUUGGAGAGGCCACAUCAAUGCGGAAGAGGAAGGCCAUUGGUGAGGUGCGAAACAACAAAACGCGUUAAUCAUACGUCAUACCGAGCAUCUUUCAUACGCGACAUGAGUAGGACUGUGGGUUGGCUAGGAUAAUGGAAUUGAUACCGAAAAAAAACCGUGGCGUACCAACUAAAAGUGGCAC